AUGGCAUCGAUGAAGUUUGAUCUACCGCUACUGGAUUACAAGACGAGAUUUUCGCUGUGGCAAGUCAAGAUGCGGGCGAUUCUGGCACAAUCUUCGGAUCUUGAUGAGGCGCUGGAUGGUUUCGGAGGCAAAGGGCAGAAGUCAUGGACCGCUGAAGAGAAAUGGAAGGAUCGUAAGGCUCUGUCUCUGAUUCACCUUCAUCUACAUAAUGAUAUUUUGCAAGAAGUGCUGCAGAAGAAAACUGUCGCAAAACUUUGGCUCAAGCUGGAAUCGAUCUGCAUGUCCAAGGAUCUAACCAGUAAGAUGCACGUGAAGAUGAAGUUGUUCACACACAAGCUGCAAGAAGGUGGUUCGGUGAUGAACCACUUAUCGAUCUUUAAGGAGAUCGUUGCCAACCUAGUGUCGAUGGAGAUGAGGGAGAAGAUGAAAAAUAUGGUUCAGUCUGACGUGUCAUCCUCCAAGGGCGAAGUGUUGCAGGUUAGAGGCAGGCCUGAGCAGAGAACCUACAACAACAACAAUAGUCGAGAUAAGAGCAAGAACGGUAAAGGCCGUUCGAAGUCCAGAGGCAGGGAUAAGUUCUACAGGUAUUGUAAGAAAGAUACUCAUGUCAUUGAAGAUUGUUGGAAGCUGCAGAAUAAGGAGAAAAGAAACGGUACGUAUAAACCGAAAAAUAAAUCCGAUGGUGAUGGUAAGGCCUCUGUUGUCUCCGCUGCUGAUAGUUCUGAUUCAGGAGAUGUUCUUGUUGUUUUUACUGGUUGUGUUGUUGGUCGUGAUGAAUGGAUACUUGAUUCUGCAUGCUCGUUUCAUAUAUGCUCUAAUAGAGAUUGGUUCAGUUCUUACGAGUCUGUGCAGAGUGGAGAUGUCGUGCGUAUGGGAGAUAACAACCCACGUGAGAUCAUGGACAUUGGCUUCGUUCAGAUCAAGAUGCAUGAUGGCAUGAUACGCACACUGAAAGAUGUGAGACACAUAUCAUGGAUGGCCAGAAAUCUCAUCUCCCUCAGCACACUUGAUGCCAAGGCAUACAAACACUCUGGUUCAGAUGGAGUGUGUAAGGUGGAGAACAUUCAUGAGCCGGCUACGUACACUGAAGUUGUUGUUUCUGGCGACUGCGAGAAGUGGAUUUCCGCUAUACAAGAGGAGAUGCAGUCACUCGAGAAAAAUGGCACAUGGGAUGUUAUCUUCAAGAGAAAGGAGGAUUUAUCUUCCAGUGAGCCUCCAAGAUUUAAGGCAAGUCAGCAAAGUUACAUUAAGAAAGUUCUUCAUCGUUUCAACAUGCAUGAUGCAAAGUCUGUUAGUACUCCUAUUGCUCCUCAUUUUAAAUUAUCAGCUUUACAAUGUGCUAGUACUGAUGAGGAUUUUGAGUACAUGUCAAGAGUUCCAUAUUCUAGUGUUGUUGGUUCAUUGAUGAUAUGCCAUGGUUUGCUCUCGUCCUGA